AUGUCAGAAUUUAGUGUCCUCGCUUCAUUACCGGAGGAACACUUCCAGUGUUCGAUCUGUCUGAACAUCUUCAGCGACCCGGUUACUACACCUUGUGGGCACAACUUCUGCAAAACCUGCAUCCUCCAGCACUGGGACAACAGCGAGCUAUGCCACUGUCCGGUGUGUAAUAAAAGAUUCCAUAUGAGGCCCGAGUUCUCCACAAACACGGUCAUCGCAGAGAUUUCAGCCCAGAUAAAGAGAAGAAAGGUAGAGACGCUCGAAAGCGCUGAUGCACCGUGGAAAGUGAAGUGUGACGUGUGCCCAGAAAUGAAGUUCAAGGCUUUGAAGUCGUGUCUGGUGUGUCUGACGUCGUACUGCGAGGCUCACCUGGAGCCUCACCUGAGAGUUCCCUCCCUGAUGAGACACAAGCUGAUCGAGCCGGUGGAGAACCUGCAGGAGAGGAUCUGUGAGAAGCAUGAGAUGAUCUUGGAGUUUUUCUGCAGGGACGAACAGGUUUGCAUCUGUCUGCUGUGCUGUGAGACGGACCACAAAGACCACAAGACAGUUCCUGUAGAGGAGGAGGCACUUCUGCAGAAGGAAAAUAUUGAGUCCAAAAAAGGAACAAUCCAAGUGAUGAUUGGGGAAAGAAUGGAAAAGAUUGAUGAAUUUAGGAGUUCCUCUCUAAUGCGCCAAGUAAAAACAGACAAAGAGAUUAAAAGCACCGAUGCUCUGUUUAUUUCGCUGAUGAAUACGGUAGGAAACAUGCAAACUAAACUGAAAUCAAACAUCAACGAAAAGCUCAGAAAGUCACAAGAGAAAGAUGAAGCGAUGAUUCGAGAGCUGCACGAGGAAAUCGCAGAACUGCAGAGAAAACACUCAGAGCUGGAGGAGCUUUCACAGAAUGAAGACCACCUUCAGCUUCUGCAGUCUUUGCAGGCUCUGAGCGCCUUUUCCGACAACAAGCGCUGGUCCUCGGUCAAGGUUUACUCAGACCUGUGUGUGCAGACAGCGAGGAGAGCCAUGAGUCAUCUGGUGCACCUUUUUAAAACAGAACUGAAGACUCUGACAGAAACUGAACUCACCAGAAUGAAACAAUACAAAGAAUCCUUCUCCUUCAACCCGUCCACUGCCGGUUCCAACCUGGUGGUGACCGAGUUGGGGUCACGUCUGAAGUACUACAAAACCGCAAGCACUUCAUCAUCGGACGACUCAGAAAGGUUCAGCUGUCCCAUGGCUUUUGGAACGAAGGGCUUCGUGUCUGGCCGACACUACUGGGAGGUGCAAGUGGGCCUGAGAAACAACUGGGAUGUUGGGGUUGCCAAGGAAACGGUAGAUAGAUCAGGGAGGGCAGCAAUAAACCAGAAAAAUGGAUUCUUUGCCAUAGGAAAGAGGGGGUUUGAUUAUGAAGUUCACUGUGAAAAAUACAAAGUUCUCCACUUGUGUCCCAGGCCGAGGUAUAUCGGAGUUUAUCUAGACUACGACGAAGGCAGAGUCUCGUUCUUUGAUGUGGGUGAGAAGUUGCACAUUACUUCAUUCACCGGAGAGUCUUUCACAGAGAAGCUGUUCCCAUACUUUUACCUGCACAGCAAGGCAAAGAAAUCAGAGCCUCUGCUGAUCAGACAUAUUUAUGAACUAAAACUUCUCUCUCUCACUCACACCCUCCAACAAUCCAACUAACAACCAAACAGUGUAACAUCCCUGUCUCCUGUAAGGUAAAAACCCUUUAAAACCAACUGCAGUCACACAGAUGUCUUCAGAACAACAGUUUAAGUUGACAAAGUGUCAAUACACUCUGAAGUUACAAAUAUGAAAUUAAUAAUUGACAAUUCACUGAGUCCUGCCCCUCUUUACUUCCUGUUGCUUCACCUAUGCUGCGUGGCACAUUCAGUUUACAACACUGAUAACAGCAGUAAAUCCACCAUGUCGAGCAGAGAAACCUGUAAUAACCUGCUUCAUUCAUGACCUCUCCCUAAAAGACUGAGAGUUAAACUGCACUUCUUAGCUAAAAAUGUUCACAUUCUCAGCAGCUGGUGAGAGAACAAAUGGAUUUACAUGAAGAGUGACAACAAACUAGGUCAUGCAUUAUGUAAAACUUGAAUAAAAUAUGAAGUCAGACAGUCUGUCCUCCGUGUCUGCGUUCAGGCGGAAAUGUGGGUCGCAUGAUAUUUAGCAGCACUCAGAGCCCAAAACACUGUAGUUUUUCAUUAAAAUGUAAACAUGGAAACCAAAUAACACACUAGACCAGAAAAUAAAACAGGAGAGUAUCUGCUUAGAAGAUAAUCAUGAGAGCAGAACUGAAAAAAACAUUACCAAAAGAAGACGCAUGCAAAAAAAAAGACUAAUCAAAGUCACUUGAAGGUGUCCAAAGGCUCUAACAAAGCCCAACUAGAAAACAAAUGAUCUCUUCAAGAACCUCUCAUUACACAUAAUGGUGUUUAAAUGACCCUGUAAACCCCUAAAAACUGAUGAUAAUGUACAAACUCUUUGUUUUUGAAAAAAUUACAGCUAACUUUAGAUCAGAACACCACAAUUGAAUCUACUCUUUACCUUUUUUAUCUUUGGUGUUGGAAAAAGAAGUGCACCUUGUUGACUUUUUUCACGCACAGAGACACUUUUACUGCACUUAAGUCGUAAAACAUGCAGAGAGAACCAAAGUUCCAACAAUGUUUUGAGGAAAAUAACAUUCAUUCGGAAUGUUUUGAGGAUAUUUCUUAUCAAAAUAAGGCUCCGAUAAGGUUAAGUUGUUGUUUUAUUUUGAACAUUCAGGGGAUGUUGGAAAAGAAAUUACAUUCUCAAGCCAACAUUUAGAAAACAUUUUCAAGCUUUCAUUGAGUCUUUGAUAACAAGAUGUGUUUUUGUUUUUUUUAAAUAAAAGGUUUCUGUAAAAUGAUGUAUUAAGAAACGUAGAACAUUUUGCUUGCAAUAUUCUGAGAACUUUGUGGGGUUGUGGUUGAUGGAACACAUUGUGCAACAUUCCCAUAAUGUUACAUGAAAACAAAGGAAGGACUUUCUCAAGGCAACAUACAGAAAAUGUUUUGAGAAGAACAUUUUUCGAAUGUCGUUAUCCUGCCUUUACGAAGAACAUUUUGGAAACUAAAAAAAACCCAAAACAUUAAUAGAACUUUGCAGAACUUUCGCUGAACUUUUAGAACAAAACUUUUUUCUUCGGGUCAAGGUCUAAUCAGCAGUUAGUCCACUUUUAUAAGUUGCAUUAACACAACUUAGAUUUGAGUUAAAGUAAAAGCAAAGGUGGAAUCAUUUCUGUCUGUCACUAAUUAUUUUUGCAGUGCUGCUCUGACAGAAACAUUCUUUCAUAUCUUGUGAA